AUGCCUGCUGCUAGGAAAGCUAUGGCCAAUCAGGCCUAUCGUACAACCAACCACGACCUUAUCGGUGCGAUCGAAUCGGUGCUGGCAGAAGCUGCAGGCCACGAAUGCCGCAAGCUUCGGAUUAUCAAGGUAUUUAAGAUGGCUAUUUUUGACUGUACCCUGAUUGAUGUGAUCAGUCGUACGGAUCCGGAUAUCCUAGGUCGUACGAUAUCCCUAGACUGGCUAGCUGAAGAGCUAUCGCAACUGAGGGACCUAAAAGAAGCUAUAAGGCAAGGCAGGACCCUGACGACCGACCAGGCUACCUUCCUAGCUGCCUUUUCAGGCCUGCUAGAGCUUGGAAGUUACAACUCAGCCGGCCACGAAGAGUGGCUACAGAAUGUGAUCAUUGAGGCCGAAUGUGUGCUCGGCUUCCUCCCGCUCGUACGAGGGUCAACUAGAGAGUAA